GUGGUGGUGGUGGUGGCGGCCGAACGACGGUGGGACUCUCGCGGUGCGUGCACAACUCGUGUCGUAGAGGCAGCCGGGAAGUGUUGUUCGCGACUAAUAGGAAACUAGGAGUGAACUAGAGAGCGUAUAGGAAAGAUCGCGUCACGGACUAUGCCGAAACGCGGCCAGCCAGUGAAGAAGAAGCAGCAGCAGCAGCAGCAGCAGCAGCAGCAGCGUGGUUGCACAGGCCUAAUGUUUGGGUCGCCUAGCGGCGACUGAGUCCGGAUACGGGAUGCUAAAAGUUCCCGCGGGAGUCGGCGGCGAGCGUUGGCAGAAGGAGGAGAAGAAGGCCGGCAGGAUGGGCGGGAGACGAGGAGUGCUGGUCCGCGACGUAGGUGCGCACCGCGACGCCGACGACGUGACGGCCACGUGCCCCCGCGGAUGCCUCGCUGGCUGUUGCCAUUAACUGCUGCUCUGACAUACUCGUCCGUAGAUAGAGCUAGUCGAGCGAAACGGUGACCGAACGGCCGAGUUUUCCUCGACGCAACGCGUGGUAUAAACAGGCUAGCCCGAGUGUGUGAUUCCUCGAUCGAUGGGAGUAUAUAGUAGUAUAGUGGUAUCCGUGAUAUUUCCCGCUUCGUACCAAGUGUGCACUCGAUUCGUGACUCGGGAGAUCCUUGGUGAUUGUUCGUCGUUGCUCCUCGCAAUCAGGCAGAUAUACCGUUGAAACGCAGCAGCAGGGCUCGUUGUGCGUCGUUGGAUACUCCUCGGUUGACGGUGCGAGCACAGACGCGCGAACAGGUGGCACGCACUGUUUCCCCGAUUCCAGAUCGAAAUCGAAUCGUCGUCGCGAUAGUAGUAGAUAAUCGAAUAUUCCGCCGUCGAAACGAGAGAGGACGCUGGCGGUGUGUGGUGGCAGAAGCGAUGAACUUGGUCGUCACGGGAUGUCGAUUCGUUGUCCCGCGCGAGCAAGAAACGCGCGAGAAUAUCGCGGGAGUAUCGAGAAACUCGAAACGCUUGAUACGCACGAGGUGUGCCGUCCCUUCCGUCCGACGCGUGUAUACCGAGGGAACGUGGUUAGUCGAGUUUACGUCGCCAAAGUAUAAUACCGUGAAGUGUGUUUUGUUGUGGUUCCUUGGCCACGGUGAAUUCGCCAUUCGCAGCAGUGUUAUUACUCACGUUACUCGUGAGCGAUGAGUUUCUAAAGUGGGAUCCGACGCCUCUGUCGGUCAGACGCGAACCGUCCGUUACCCCGGCAGAGUCUCCGCGUCCGAGGAAUCGGCGCCAAAGGUAGAGUAGAGUAAGACCUAUCAUUCGCGGUGAAUCGGAGAGAAAAAAAGAACCGCGAACGGAAAAGGAAGCAGUGUAGCAAAUAAAUAGACCCCGAGGUGUGAGUGAGAAAAUAUCGAGUGCCAACGAAUCGUAAUCUCGGAGGAGAAAGAAGAAAGGAAGGAUAUAUCGUGGUGAAAAGAACGACAGAAGAGAUUCGGAAUCGCUUGGCGGCAGCAGCAGCAGCAGCAGCAGCGGCGGCGGCGGCAGCAUCAGGCAGCAGCAAGAAAUUCCCGCGCUUGUACCCCAGUCAUCAGGCCGACGGGAGUUCGAGGAGAGGGUGAAGGGCGUCGUGGAGGGGGGAGUGAUGCCGGUGAGGGUGGCACAGCGCCCCCCAGGUGGAAUACCACUGCACGCCGGCGUGCCGGUAGCGCCCAGCAGCGUAACCGCCUCCGGUCCGUCGGGCCGGUGCCUCGGGGGCCCGGCAGCGCCCCCCGCCGGCUCGCCACCGCUGCCGCCCUCCUUGCAAUCGCUCGGCGGCGGUGUGAGCAACGCCAGCAGCACCACUGGUGCCGUCAGCAACGGCAAUAGCAACGGUAACGGCGGUCAGAGCAUCGCCAGCACCGGCCUAGGCGUCAGCACGACGAGCGGCGCCACGAAUCCCUUGCAGGCGAUGGCGUCGGCGGCGGCCUCGCUAACCCAGUUGAACAACAUGGCGAAUGGCCCGCUGCCGCCGCUAGCGGCCACCGGACCUACCGGACCGCCUAGUUUGCCGCCUCCCCAGCCGGCUACCACGCCGACUCAUGGGGGUCCGCCGACGCCGCACGCCGGUGUCACCGGUGGACCCCAUUUGAACGGGGCUUCUCCGAGUCCUCACCCGAUGCCGCCCCACGGAAUGAUGAGCGGGUCGCCUCAUGCGCCUCACCCGCACAUGGGCGGCGGUGGACCCUCGCCUCAUCCUCACCAUCCUGGCCCCCACAUGGUUGGUUCGCCGCACCAUCCUGGUCCGCAUCCCAUGGGUCCGGCCGCCGGUAUGAUGGGCCCGGCAGGCAUGCAGCCUCAAGGCGCACCUGGGAUGUGCGGUCCAGGACCCACCGGCCCGAUGGGGCCUCAUCCUCAUCCUCAGGGACCUGGAGUACCCGGACAGCCGCACAUGCACAACGACCCCUUUUACUGCUCUCCCUUUGGAUCGCACUACUUCAGAUCGUUGCCUGUCCCCAGGAGGCAUACUCCGUACUAUGGCUCGCCGGACUACAGGCUCUACGAGUUGAACAAGAGGUUACAGCAGCGUACAGAGGAGAGCGACAAUCUCUGGUGGGACGCAUUCGCGACUGAAUUCUUCGAGGACGACGCAACCUUAACCCUCACGUUCUGCUUGGAGGACGGCCCCAAGAGAUACACGAUAGGCAGGACGCUAAUACCUAGGUACUUCCGUUCGAUAUUCGAGGGCGGAGUGACGGAACUUUACUACAAUUUGAAGCACCCGAAGGAGUCAUUUCACACUACCAGCAUAACCCUCGACUGUGAUAACUGCGUUAUGGUCACGCAUCACGGAAAACCGAUGUUCACGAAGGUAUGCACGGAGGGUAGAUUAAUAUUGGAAUUCACGUUUGACGACCUUAUGAGGAUAAAGUCGUGGCACAUGUCGGUGAGGACGCACAAGGAACUCGUGCCUAGGACCGUGGUCGGUAUGCAACAGGAUCCGACGAUGCUCGAACAGCUUAGCAAGAACAUCACCAGGCAGGGCAUCACCAAUUCCACCCUGAACUACCUUAGGUUAUGCGUGAUCUUGGAGCCGAUGCAAGAGCUGAUGUCGAGGCACAAGGCGUACGCGUUGUCACCGCGGGACUGCUUGAAGACGACCUUGUUCCAGAAAUGGCAGAGGAUGGUUGCCCCGCCGGGUAAGAGAGAGUCCCAGAGGCCCGCCAGCAAGCGAAGAAAGCGAAAGGGUAGCACGCCUGGUCCGGGGAACAACGCACCGCCAGCGCCUAGCAAAAAGAGAUCGCCGGGACCUAAUUUUUCUCUGGCGUCACAGGACGUGAUGGUUGUGGGCGAACCGUCGCUGAUGGGAGGGGACUUUGGCGAGGAGGACGAACGGGUAAUCACGAGGUUGGAGAACACGCAGUACGACGCCACGAACAGUUUGGACCCCCACAGUCACGACACGCCGGGUGGACCACCUCCGCAUCCUCACCAAUUCCACUCGGAACCGACCCCGGGUAACUCUUGGCCACCGGACCGCGGUCCUGGUCCGCCACAGGGUGGACCCGGUAGUCAGGGAGUGCAAGGUGGACAGGGAGGCGCGGCAGCAGGUGUACAGGGAUCGCAGGAUGCCAGUCAACAGCAACAAGACAAGAAGAGCCCCGCGGUGAGCCAGUGAGGCCAGGAGUCCCCGCGCCCCCCCACCAGGGGGCGACGGGGGCGCAGGCCCAAGAACAUGGCUCCCUAGCGGGGCGAGAACCCUAACCUCCCCGGCGCCUACUUGGCCUCGUCUGGCUGUUCGGCCAGCAGGCUGUCGCACGUUGGCGUACAU